AUGGGUGACAGUUGGUUCAAAAGAGAAUUCCUCACUGGCAGGAGACUCACUUUCAAUGUGAUUUUCUAUGGCCUCCACUUCUUCUUCUUUGCCUAUGGUUGGCACUCCCAGGAAACUAAUACGAAGCUUGCGGCGCUCAAUGGGCUCAAGUUCUCCGUCUGGACUUCACGUGGAGCUGGUCUUGUCCUUGCCUUCGAUGGUGGACUCAUUUUGAUCCCAAUGUUGCGAAAUAUCAUCAAGCUUGUUCGUCCCAAAUUAACCUGGCUCUUCCCCGCCGACGAAAACAUCUGGUUCCACCGUCAAGUGGCUUAUUCGAUGGCGUUCUGGGCCAUGGUUCAUACGACAGCCCAUUAUGUUAAUUUCAUCAACGUUGAGCGAACUCAAGUCAGAAAGCAGCUCGCACUCGAUAUCCACUACACUCAACCGGGUGGCAUCACGGGUCACUUCAUGCUACUCAUCAUGCUUCUCAUGUACACCACCGCUCACCACAAAAUCCGGAAUCAAUGCUUCGAGGCGUUUUGGUACACUCACCACCUGGCCUUCUUUUUCAUGAUUGGUCUUUACACCCAUGCCACUGGAUGCUUCGUGCGAGAUAUUACUGACCCGGAUUACAUUCCUACUUUCCCGUUUUACUCAACCAAGCACUGCCUCGGGUAUCUCAGCUGGCGCUACACAAUCUGGCCUGGGAUUUUAUAUUUCGGAGAACGUGUUUUCAGAGAGUACCGUGCCCGGCGCUCGACCAGACUUUCCAAAGUUCUUGUCCACCCAAGUGGCGCCAUGGAACUGAGAAUCAUCAAGCCCAGCUUCAAGUAUACCGCUGGUCAAUGGCUCUUCAUUCAAGUCCCCGAAAUCUCGCACUUCCAGUGGCAUCCAUUCACCAUCACGUCUGCCCCCAAAGAUCCAUAUGUUUCGGUCCACAUCAGACAGGUUGGCGAUUGGACGCGCGGCCUCGGUGACCGUCUGGGUGUCGGCCCAUCAGUCGUUGCUGCUAUGACAUCAGCUGCCAUGAAAGGUUCAGAGAAGAACGAGAAAUCUGCGUCUCGUGGUGACUUUGUGGAGAUCGACUCAAACUCUGUCGGUCUUCCCGCUGUUCGCAUUGAUGGCCCGUUCGGUGCUCCCGCCGAGGAUGUGUUCAACGUCGAGGUCGCUAUGUUAGUUGGUGCUGGUAUUGGUGUCACACCCUUCGCUUCGAUUCUCAAAGAUAUCUGGUAUCGUCAACGCUCUGGAAACUGUGGAUCUCUUCGUAGGGUCGAGUUUUUCUGGAUUUGCCGUGACGCGCCGUCUUUUGGUUGGUUCCAGUCGCUUCUCCAGGAAAUUGAAGCUGCUCAAGCCGAUCCCAACUUCCUCCGCAUUAACAUCUACCUCACCCAGAAGAUCAGCGAGGAUAUGUUAUGGAAUAUUGCCGUCAAUGACGCUGGUGCUGAAUACGACCCUCUGACCCUUCUGCGAACGCGUACCCUAUUUGGACGUCCCGAUUGGAUGACCAUUUAUGGCCAAAUGCGGCAGGCAAUCGAAAGCGGCCAAUAUCUCCCAGGUAGCACAGCUCAACUGAAGAACAAAGUUGGAACCUACUUCUGUGGACCGACCCCCAUCGCAAAGGCUCUGAAGGAGGCAUGCGACCAUCACACAUGUUCCACUGUCGAGUUCAGUUUCGCCAAGGAGCACUUCUGA